AUGGUGCACACCCGGGCGCCCCUCCGCAGCAGGGGGCACCUCACCGCUGCCACGCCGGCCACCCUUCUACUCAGCCUGGUCUUUGCCUCCUUCCACUCAGCUUGCUUGGCAGAAGCAAGCAGCGGCCACAACUCAAGCUUGACCACACACCAUCCAGACCCCGAGACCCUGGAGCAGUGCCCUAAUGUUGACUUCUGCCCCCAAGCCGCCCAGUGCUGCCACGCGGGCGUGGAUGAGUACGGCUGGAUCGCGGCCGCUGUUGGCUGGAGUCUCUGGUUUCUCACCCUCAUCCUGCUCUGUGUGGAUAAACUGAGGAAGAUGACGCCGGAGGAGCCCAAGGACUCACAAGCAUGA